UCUGCAGCCGUCGCCAUAGGGAAGUUCGGAGUCGCCGAUCUCGCCAUCAAGUGUUUAGUGAUACGUACGGGUUCAAUAAUGAGUGGACGUGGUGCGACCUUUGUGCUUAUGUAUGGAGGUGAAUUAAAAGUGGACACCAAUUUCACGCCAAGCUAUUUUGGGGGUAGGAGUCGACCCCUUCAUGUGCCAAGAAAUUGCAACUUAGAACAGCUUAAAUUUAGGAUACUUAGAGCACUGAAGUACGAUCCUUCAAAGUAUUCUGUAAAGUUAGUAUGUCGGGUGCCUGUUGGAAAUGAGUAUGUCGCUUCGGAAGUUGAGGAUGAUGAAGUUUGUGAAUUUCUGUUAUGCCAAGCUGCAACAGAAUUUCUUAUAAUGUACGUUGAUGUCGAAGAGAUUGAGGUGUUAGGAGAUAAUACUAACCCUCCAAAUUUACAAAGAUAUGAAACUUCAUGCCCAGCAGAAAGGGAUGAUGUGGUCGCUGGUCCUUCAAGGGUAGAACCAGUAGAAGAGUUACUUGACUAGUAAGUUCCCAAUAUAUGGUCGCUGGUCCUUCGGAUCAUUGCCAUUAGUAGAAGUGAUUGUAUGUGUGUAUUUGAUCUAUUAUAUGGUUGAUGUAACUUAAA